GAGGGUGGGACGGGGGAGGUGUUGACGUUCAGCGCCUUCCCACCAAGAAGCUGACUCACACGGUGACUGCAGAAAGUCCGAGAGAUUUUGUGAGAGAGGUGGAGAAAAGCGAGCAAGGGAGGGAAAGAGAAAGAGAGAGAGAGAGAGAGAGAGAGAGAGGGGUUGAGACGAGCGGGACGGACUGACUGACGGAGUGAAGCGCCAGCCAGAGGCGGGAGCGUGCACUUUGGACCAGCCCGGGCGCCGGCAACACCAUGUCCACGACGGAGGAGAGCCGAGUGACGGCGGUGACUCCGCUCAAACUGACCGGCUUGGUGUGCGUGGUCAUUUCGCUCUGCCUGGACGUGGUGGCCUUACUGAGUCCCGCCUGGGUCACCGCCGACGGCCACUUCUCCCUCUCCCUGUGGCUGAGGUGUUUCCGAGCCAGCCCGCUCCCCGACGCCGACUGGCACUGCAAGUGGGCGCUGGACAGCGACUGGGAAAUUGCCACAGUUGCCUUGCUUCUAACUGGAGCGGCCAUUAUUCUUAUUGCCUUUCUCGUGGCUUUGAUCUCAAUCUGUCAGGGGACCCGCCGAAAAUUCUACAAACCUGUGGCCAUCCUGUUAUUUUCUGCAGUCGUUCUCCAAGUUUGUGGACUCGUUUUGUACCCAAUCAAAUUUGUGGAAACAGCUACAAUGCGAACAUAUCAUGAGUUCAACUGGGGUUAUGGCAUUGCCUGGGGAGCCACCAUUUUCUCAUUUGGGGGAGCGGUACUUUACUGCUUAAACCCAAAGAACUAUGAUGACUACUACUAGAGCAGAACUAAUGCCACCGAACAUCGGCUCGACACUUUUGCUAAUUUUCUGCUCUCUAAGUUGAAAUGUGGUAUUUAACCUGUUCUCUCAAUGCACUAUCCACUUUGGCUGUAACGAAAAUAAUUGCUUUAACUCCUGCACUAUAAAUAUGGAACUCUGAAAAAGUCAUGGCUGACAUUUUGUAUAUUGGCAGUUUCCUAUACAAUGUGUUGGAAUGCAGAAUUUUGAUAGUUUCAUAUCAGUUGGGAAGAAUCACGAAAGAACUUGGUGUGCAGUGAAGAAUGAGUCAAAAACUGCUCUUGCAAGAAUGUUCAAUUCAGUUUGCUGCUGGAAAGAACUCGCCCUGAGUAUGAUGGACAAGUGUUUCCGAUAUUGAAGUUGAGAAUUAAUGCCUCAUCUUUUGAUUAGAUGGAGUAUGUUAACUGCUGAUUAUUCUGCCGUAAAUCAAGAAAGAGUGCAUGCUUUGCAUCCAUUUUUAAAAGCUCAGCAACAUUUUCAGUAAAAUUCCACCGUCCUGAUACAGAACAUAAAUAUAUUACUGCUGUUUCUAAUUAUUUCAAAGAACUGGGAACAUAACACUGUUGUAAAGCUGUACUGAAGUUCCAUUUGUAUCAUUCAAUUAAAACUGCAGCAUUUUCUUUAUCAUUUUCCUAUACCUACAGAGGAAUUUUAUGAAAUAUCUUUUUUUUUAAAGCAUAGCAAAUGUCUGUGUACUUAGAUACCACUAGAUAUAGUUACAGAUGAGCAUUUUAUUGAGUUGAGAAUAUAGAAAGGACCUUAUAUGCUAUUGUAAACAUUCUAAUUUAUUUGAGCAACUACUGUAUUUUUAUAUAGAUCUCUGCACACUGUUUCCUGUAUGAUGUAUACUAUUCCUUAUACUGUGCCUAAAAAGUUAUUUUGACUUAUAUCUAAGAUAAAUUCCAUAUUUCCAA